GUCGCUUCCCUGCUUCCCUACUAAGUCUCAUAUUUACGUAUUUACCAUCUUUCAACGCGGGCUCGUAGAGACCAACGAUGGCGGCCCAUGCUCCCACGGUCAAAGGCUUUACGUUUGGAGCAGCACCGGCGCCGAGCACUCUCGGCCCUGCAGCUACCACCGGUACCACUGGGUUCUCGUUUGGGACCACAAGCGCUCCAGCGACAGCGAGCACGUUCACGUUUGGCCAGACCGCACCUGCGACAGCGGUUGCGAGCACAUCGGCGCCUGCAACCAGCGUUCCGUCUCUCUUUGGAACCACGACAGCCGCAGCUUCAUUGACACAGCCAACGACUAGUUCUUCAGCUUCUCCGAUGCACUACCGUCUGCUCGAGGAGAAUGUGAACCAGUGGAAGCUGGAGCUGGAGGAGCACGAGGCGACGUUCGUGAAUCAGGCGACCCAGGUGAACGCCUGGGACCGUCUGCUCCUGGCCAAUGGCGAGAAGAUCGGGGAGCUGAGCGACCUUGUGGACAGGGUCAAGCUGGACCAGCAGCGCCUCGACCAUGAGCUGGACUUCAUCGCCGCCCAGCAGGGCGAGCUGCAGGAGCUGCUCGAACCCCUGGAGCGGGGCAUCCAGGCCACGCCGGGGCUGUCUGUCCAGCAGCAUGCGGACCUGGAGCGCGAACACACGUACCACCUGGCCGAGAACGUCAAUGCCCAGCUGCGGUGCAUGUCGCAGGACAUCAAGGACAUCAUUCAGCAGCUGAAUGCAGCCAAUGCAGCGGUGGCCCAAGACAAACCUCUGAAUCAGGUGUCCAAGGUCCUCAAUGCACACAUGGACGCACUGUCUUGGGUGCAGCAUAACUCGGGACUGCUGCAGAAACAGCUUCAAGAGUUGGAGCGGGCCUGCCAACAGCGGAGAGGAAACGUGGAUCAGCUCGUCCGGCGCUGACUCGUUCGCUCUUUCGAAAUAAACUUUUCUAACUUGUCGUGUUUUUAA